UAUCACUUCUAACCGACAGGUGUUAAACUAAGUCUAAAAUGAAACACUAGUUGUAAUUAAACUUUUCAACAUUAAUUCAGUCGAGUCGUCUACGGAAUGCAAUGUGGAUUGAUACAUGUGCACUACAUUCAUGUGCAGACGCUCGAGUAUACGUAUGAGCAAUACCGUUUAUUCUAGGGAUGGCAGCGGUGAAUUGUGUUGUUUCAAAAUUUUUGCAGGCGCAGCUAACGUUGGUUCUCGAAACCAGACCAUUGAUAUUGUCACAGUGGCUUCCUCCAAGUUCAUACACAUCAAAAAGAAAUUCACAUGUGGCCUGCAGGAGCAGCGCAACGGCGUUUCGGAGGUCACCUCCCAUCAACUCCGUACACUUACGCAGAAGUGUACAAGACAUAAAGAACAACGUCUUUGCGCUGUCGUUGAGUAAACUCUACUCUACAGAAGUCCCCAGUCAGGGCCCUCAACUCAUGGACUUCCCUGCUGUCACAUGGCCCAGUUUAGUCCUCUCUAUCAAAAACUGGAUCCAAGCCACAUUCAUCAUAAAGCCAUACUUGGACUCCAGCUUCAAUCAGCUUGAGUUUCUACAUGGAGCGAAGCAGGCAGUAGCAGUCGUUUCAGAUGUCCUCAGCAGCGGCGAUUUGAAGUCUCUGACAGGUCUUGUCACAAACGAUGCACUCCCAGAGAUUCAGAGAAACCUCAGCCUACUGAAUGUCAGGCAAAGGCAAAAUCUGGUUGUGAGAAUAGCCGACAUCUACUUUUGCUUCUUGUAUCAGAUUGGAAUCAUCAUGGAUGACAACAGCCAAAGAAGGUACGUUGAAGCAACAGUUGUCUACCACUACAUCCCAGGGCUGGCAGAGGCACGUGCAAAGGAGAAGCCUAUAGCAGACAGCAUGUCUGAGGUCAAAGACCUUGUGUACGUUGCAAACUAUAGGUUCAUCCGAGAAUACACCAAAGGCGUUCAAAGUGACUGGACGAUCAACAGACUGAAUCAUUUCAAGCUACAUCAAGAAUGACAAAGCACAGAUAGGAUGUACAAAAACUGCCAAAGUAGAAAAUACUGCCUCUUACAGAAGUUACAAGGAAGGACGUUACGACCGCAUGAACUGACAUUUUAUUUUGGGGUUAAUAAAGGCAUCGAAGGUGUA